GGUCGCGUUCGCGCAAUGCUCAGCACGAAACUUUGCGCGGGAGGUUUCGCGCCAUCUUUCGGAGAGGUUCGUCCCCUCCAUUUAAGCCGAGCGUUCGUCCCUACCUCUUCUUCAGCAGCGUCGUUCCUGAGCUCUUCACUGCCCAACUGCUUUCACACCCAUCACCGUAUUCUUCAGCGACUGAAAAUGGUGGAGAACGUGACAGAGAUCGAAGGGCCGUGCCCCAAGAUCCCGAAGAUCCACGAGAAUGGGGCCGUGGGAGCAGCCGCCAAGGAGCCGGUCUCUCUGCUCAGGGUGAAGAAGCUCUCCGAGAAGGCCGUCUUGCCAUCGAGAGCGUCCCCUCUCUCCGCGGGCUACGAUCUUUCGAGCGCGGCUGAGACGACAGUGCCGGCGAGAGGAAAAGCGCUCGUCCCUACCGAUCUGAGCAUCGCGAUACCGGAAGGGACAUAUGCUAGAAUAGCGCCGAGAUCGGGUUUGACAUGGAAGCAUUCGAUCGACGUUGGUGCGGGGGUGAUCGAUGCGGACUACAGAGGUCCGGUUGGGGUGAUCCUGUUCAACCACGCCGACGUCGACUUCGAAGUGAAGGUGGGCGACAGGAUCGCGCAGCUGAUCAUCGAGAAGAUCAUGACCCCCGACCUCAUCGAGGUCGAGGACUUGGACUCAACUUUGAGGGGCGAGGGCGGGUUCGGGUCGACGGGGGUGUGAAGCCUUGUGCUUGGUUUCGGCUGUUUACAUUGUUCUCUAUUUGUUUGUCGUCAAUGGGUUUUAGGACGUGUCUUGUCU